AUGAAUCUCAUCACUAAUCCAUCACUAGGUGUUAUUUCUCCUCCAGUCUCCUGCAAUGUGUACAGUACACUGUGCUCCAGACUCUUUGAGGUAUCAGCCUUGCUGCUCUGCCUGCUCUCAGCAUAUUCUCCACUGGGGGCGCUGCUGAGCUGCACCAUGGAUGAUGCCAAGGUGAAUGAGGGUAGCGGUUCAGUGGUUAAGGCUCUGAGUAACAGAGCAGAAGGUCAGGGGAUCGAGCCUCAGCACUGCCAAAGCAGCAGGGUUUUUGUACGGCCGCUAAACCUGUUUGUAUCACUGUGGUACACUUUUGGUGGAGGAACCAAACUGUCUGUGGGCCGUGUCACUCAGCCCAGUGUGACGGUGUUGCCUCCCUCCAGUGUGGAGCUGCAGCAGGAGAAGGUCACACUCAUGUGUGUGGCCGACAAGGGCUUCCCCUCGGACUGGACACUGAGCUGGAAGGUUGAUGGGAGCAGCUGGAGCUCGGGGGAGAGCCGCAGCACCGCCGUUCUGCACGCGGACGGCCUCUACAGCUGGAGCAGCACGCUGAGCCUCCACCCGGAGCAGUGGAGGAACAAGGUGGUGACCUGUGAGGCCUCCAAAGACAACCAACCUACUGUGGUGGGCAGAGUGAACACAGAGCAGUGCUCAGAGCUGUGA